GUUUUAUUUAAAAUUUUAAUGGUGCAGAUUACUUUGAAAACACUAACGAUAAACGCUGUCCGUAGAUAUAAAUUAUUCAAUUUGGGAGUACCAACUUAGAAUUACAAAUGUGUUUGGAAUAUUCAUAUCAACUUUUCAUUUGAAAUUUGGAAAUAUCCAAUUGAAAAAUGGGCCGUUGACAAAAGAUCCGUUUCAGCCAAAAUGGCCUACUUUGACUCUUAUCAUCAUUUCACUAGAAUCCAUCUCCACAUCCUUAUCAUCGGUCUGAAAUGUCCUAUUGCAGCCUGCCUCGUUAUCAGAGCCCAAUUCGUCCCCCUCCACACGUCAUCGAUCCUCGUGUUCCCAACAGCCAUCGCUCCACAGCCGUCGCUUACAACCCUCCAAACCAAUCUCCGCCGUUCAUUCUACCCAGUCUUUUUUCUUCUUCUUCCAGCUGACACUGCUAUAUCGUGUGGGGACUCCACAAAAGCCUUCGUCUUCGUCUUCCUCUCUGAGCGUUCUGUCUCUCUCUCUCUCUCUCUCUCUAUGAGCUACGAUUUCUUGUCCAUGGCGUCUGAGCCGAUCAAUAAGCCUCCUUCCAACUUUGACUACCCUCAGGCUAUAAUUGAAGCUCUGGAUGCAUUGAAGCAAGAAGAAGGGUCAAACAAGACAGCAAUAGCAAAAUACAUAGAAACAAAGUAUGGAGAAAUGAGUGGUGGGGACUCAAAGCUGCUGGUUUACCACCUGGACAGAAUGAAGCAGAGCGGCGAGCUCAUCUUCUUGAAGAACAAUUACAUAAAGGCAGGCCCGGGUGUCCCUCCCAAGCGGGGCAGAGGCCGCCCAAGGAAAGACCCCAAUGCCCCACCAGCCCCCAAGAAGCCUAAACCUCUUGCUCCUCCUCCCAUCCCUUCCAAAACGGGCAGGCCGAGGGGCAGGCCAAGGAAGGUGAAGCCCCCACCGCUGCCACAGGACAAUGGGGUUGAAAUGAGCUGAACUUUGAAGGUCAUUUGAUGCGUUCUCCCUUGGUUAUAAUUACCAGCAUGUAGUACUUGAAUUAAUUGUAGAAUUGUUUGUAUGUUUGUGUGUCUUAGACUAAGCAUUGUAGGCUAAUGUGCCCCUUUAAUUGUAGGAGAAUGUUAUGUGUGUCCUAAUGUUUGAUCAUCCCUGUCUUUAAUGAAAUGAUGGUGACAUUCUGUCUUCUGUAAUCUACUAUGGAGUAAAAUUUGAUGCCCAUU